CAGGCGGUUGGGGAGGCCAUCCGGGGCGUGCUGCAGCCCAGGUCUUGGAUUGGUGGAUCGCUGCUGCUUGUACUGUAGUUUCCAGAACGGUGGAGAAAAGUACAUCAAUACUCAGAAAAAUGGGCGAUUGACAAAUCAACUGCAGUACUUACAAAGAGUUGUCCUAAAGACUUUAUGGAAGCAUAGUUUUUCAUGGCCUUUUCAACAUCCUGUGGAUGCCGUGAAACUAAAUUUGCCUGAUUACUACACCAUUAUUAAAAACCCAAUGGAUUUAAAUACAAUUAAGAAGCGCUUGGAGAAUAAGUAUUAUGUGGAGGCUUCAGAAUGUAUAGAAGACUUUAAUACAAUGUUCUCAAAUUGUUAUUUAUACAACAAGCCUGGGGAUGACAUUGUUCUUAUGGCACAAGCUCUAGAGAAGUUGUUUAUGCAGAAAUUAUCUCAGAUGCCACAAGAAGAGCAAGUUGUUGGUGGUAAGGAAAGAAUAAAGAAAGGUACUCAACAGAAUGUAGCCAUUUCUUCUAUUAAAGAAAAAACAUCCCCCAAAGCAACAGAGAACGUAUCUAAAUCGCAGGUGAUUCCUUCUGCAUUUCCCGAGACGUCUGCUUCUCACUUAAACAUGGCCCAAGCAGCGCCACUCAACGCUGGCUCACAGACUGUGACCCAAGUUACAAAGGGUGUGAAGAGGAAAGCAGAUACUACAACCCCUACUGCUUCAGUAGUGAAAGCAAGUAGUGAAUCUUCUGUGGCACUUACAGAAAAAAAACCAGGGAGAAUGCCACCUAUAGGAGAGAAUAUGCUGAAGAAUGUUUUGCCGGACUCUCAGCAACAAUGUAAAGUCAUAAAGAGUGUUACAGGAACUGAGCAACUGAGGCACUGUAGUGAGAUUCUUAAAGAAUUGCUUUCGAAGAAACAUUUAUCAUAUGCAUGGCCCUUUUAUAAUCCUGUUGAUGUUAAUGCUUUGGGACUCCAUAACUACUAUGACGUUGUCAAAAAUCCCAUGGAUCUUGGGACUAUUAAGGGGAAAAUGGACAACCAAGAAUAUAAGGAUGCAUAUCAAUUUGCUGCAGAUGUUAGAUUGAUGUUCAUUAAUUGCUAUAAAUACAAUCCUCCAGAUCAUGAAGUCGUGACAAUGGCAAGAAUGCUCCAAGAUGUUUUUGAAGUGCUUUUUGCAAAGCUUCCAGAUGAACCUGUUGAGAGUAUGCCCGUAUGUUACAUCAAAACAGAUACAUCAAAAACCCUUGGUAGGGAAAGCAGUAGUGAUGCCUCCUCUGAAGGUAACUCUUCUGAUGAUUCUGAAGAUGAACGAGUUCAGCGUCUUGCAAAGCUUCAGGAGCAGCUUAAGGCUGUGCAUCAACAGCUACAGGUUUUGUCCCAAGUACCUUUCCGUAAGCUAAAGAAAAGGAAAGAGAAGGCUAAAACAGAAAAAAAACAGGAAACGGUUAAUAACAGAGAUGAAAUUCCAAGAAAAAAGUGUAAGCAAAUGAAGCUAAAGGAAAAGUCCAAGAGCAAUCCACCAAAGAAGACCAAACAGCAGAUCUUUGCCCUGAAAGCUGAAGAUGAAGCUAAUGCUAAACCUAUGAACUAUGAUGAGAAAAGGCAGUUAAGUUUGGAUAUAAACAAACUCCCUGGAGAUAAACUUGGGCGAGUGGUUCACAUAAUACAAUCAAGAGAGCCUUCUCUGAGGAAUUCCAAUCCUGAUGAGAUCGAGAUAGACUUCGAAACACUGAAAGCAUCAACACUAAGAGAGUUGGAAAAAUACGUUUCAGCCUGUCUAAGAAAAAGACCGCCAAAACCUCCUGCUAAGAAAACGAUGAAGUCCAAAGAAGAACUUUACUUGCAGAAAAAACGAGAGUUGGAAAAGCGCUUACUGCUUGUCAACCAUCAACUAAAUUCUAGACAACGUCAAACAAAACCCGAGAAAGCACAGCCAUCCAAAGCCGCUGCAAGGGGUUCCCGUCUGAGUGACAGCAGCAGUAGCAGCAGCAGCUCCUCAGAAAGCAGCAGCAGCGAUUCAAGCUCUUCAGACAGCAGUGACUCCGAAUCAGAAAUGUUUCCUAAAUUUACCGGCGUAAAGCAGAGUGAUUCUCCUUCUAAAGAGAAUGUAAAGAUACAGCAUUCUGUGCAAGAUACGGCCUCUGCUAAGACUCCCCCUGUUCAUCAGACCACACGUUCGUGUGUAAUACCACCUAAUCGUCACCAGCUAGCAUUCAGUUACCAAGAAAUACAACAUUUACAGACUGUGAAAAACACUUCACCUUUACAAAUUCUGCCUCCCUCAGGUGAUUCUGAACAGCUCCCAAGUGGCCUGUCUGUGACGCAUCCACCUGAUGAUAACGGCACAUUGGCGUUACAGUCUGAAUAUCAUGUUCCUGCACAGAAGGAUAUAAAGAUUAAGAAUGCAGACUCUUGGAAAAGUUUAGGCAAGCCAGUGAAAGCAUCAGGUGUGCCAAAAUCCUCAGAUGAGCUCUUCAACCAAUUUAGAAAAGCAGCCAUAGAAAAGGAAGUAAAAGCUCGGACACAGGAACUUAUACGGAAGCAUCUGGAACAAAAUACAAAGGAACCAAAAGCAUCUCAAGAAAACCAGAGGGACCUUGGAAAUGGAUUGACUAUGGAAUCUUUUUCAAGUAACAUGCAAAACAAGUGCUGUAGCGAAGAGGAGAAAGGCCAUCAACAGUCAUUGGAAGCUCCAGAUACAUCCAAGCUCUGGCUGCCCAAAGACCGUAAUUUAGCAAGGGAGAAAGAGCAGGAGCGGAGGAGGAGAGAGGCAAUGGCGGGUACCAUUGAUAUGACUCUUCAAAGUGACAUUAUGACAAUGUUUGAAAACAACUUUGAUUAAAACUAAUUUUUAAAUUAUCCAUCAGUUUAAAAUGAAUGAUCAAAGAUGAAAAUGCAUAUGGUAACAUGAUUGCUUUCAGACACCAAGAUAACCAAUCUUAUACUGUAUUUUGACUGCUCUAAAAUGAUUAAACAAUUUUCAUUUACA